GCAAGAAGAGAAACCCUGGGCUGAAAAUUCCUAAAGAAGCAUUUGAGCAACCACAGACAAGCUCCACGCCACCCAGAGAUCUAGACUCCAAAGCCUGCAUCUCCAUUGGCGAGGAGAACUUUGAGGUGAAAGCCGAUGACCUAGAGCCCAUCUCCGAGCUGGGACGAGGGGCAUACGGGGUGGUGGAGAAGAUGCGGCACAUGCCGAGCGGGCAGAUCAUGGCAGUGAAGCGGAUCCGAGCCACAGUGAACAGUCAGGAGCAGAAGAGGUUAUUGAUGGAUCUGGAUAUCUCCAUGAGGACGGUAGACUGCCCCUUCACUGUCACCUUUUACGGGGCACUUUUCCGAGAG